UCCUGCUCCUCACAGGAAGAUGAUACCGUGCACAGAGCGUCCUGCACGCGAACCAAAGGCGUCACUCAUCGACUCGCUGAGGGACAUUUAAACUCAUCAUGCCGUAUUACGCCAGGUUUCUGUUUUUACUUAUGUGUUUGAUUCUACUGGGAGAGUGCAGGAAACACAAAAGUAGGAAAAAGCGAUGGUCUGCCCCAGCGGAGACUCACAAGCCAGGCACUCCUUUGUCAAAGAAGGUUGCAGAUGGAACUAAAACCCGAAAGGUGAAGACCAGCCACCUUCUACGCAUAGACGAACAUGACUUCACCAUGAGGCCCGCCUUCGCAGGUCCAGCUGUCCCUGUUGGAGUGGACGUCCAGGUGGAGAGCUUGGAUAGCAUAUCAGAGGUAGACAUGGACUUCACCAUGACCCUGUAUCUGAGGCACUACUGGAAGGAUGAGAGGCUGGCCUUCCCCAGCGUCACUAACAAGAGCAUGACCUUUGACGGCCGCCUGGUGAAGAAAAUCUGGGUCCCUGAUGUGUUCUUUGUCCACUCUAAGAGGUCUUUCAUCCAUGACACCACCACUGACAACAUCAUGCUGCGGGUCUUUCCAGAUGGUCACGUCCUGUACAGCUUGAGGGUUACAGUUACUGCUGCAUGCAACAUGGAUUUCAGUCGUUUCCCUUUGGACUCGCAGACAUGCACGCUGGAGCUGGAGAGCUAUGCUUACACAGACGAAGACCUGAUGCUGUAUUGGAAAAGCGGUGAUGAGUCCCUGAGCACUGAUGACAGGAUCUCUCUGUCUCAGUUCCUCAUACAGAAGUUUCACACAACCUCUAGACUGGCUUUCUACAGCAGCACAGGCUGGUACAACCGUCUGUACAUCAACUUCACUCUGCGGCGUCACAUCUUCUUUUUCCUGCUGCAGACCUACUUCCCUGCUACUCUGAUGGUCAUGCUGUCCUGGGUGUCCUUCUGGAUCGACCGCAGGGCCGUCCCAGCUAGAGUCUCAUUAGGUAUAACUACGGUGCUCACCAUGUCCACCAUCAUCACUGGAGUCAACGCCUCCAUGCCCAGAGUGUCGUACAUCAAAGCUGUGGAUAUUUACCUCUGGGUCAGUUUUGUCUUUGUGUUCCUGUCUGUGCUUGAAUACGCUGCUGUCAACUACCUGACGACAGUGAGGGACGGUAAAGAUCGCAAGCUCAGAGAAAAAGUCAGAGAACAGUCCCAGACACUCCCCUGCAGCUGUGGCAUGUCCCACACCAGGACAAUGAUGCUUGAUGGAACAUACAGCGAAGCGGACGCCAACAGCCUGGCAGGGUACACCAGGGCCUCCAUGGCAGCUGAGGAUGCGUCGGAAAAACAGGAGCGAAUGGUGGUGCAUCUCUCCCUGGACACUGAGCCCACAGGGACAAAGAAGAAGGGCAUCCGCGGCUUCAGGAUUAUCCAGAACACCCACGCCAUCGACACCUACUCUCGCAUGAUUUUCCCUGGCGCCUACAUCCUGUUUAACCUCAUCUACUGGUGUGUUUACUGCUGAGUGUGUGCAUUUUAGCCAAAACUGUAGCAGUGAAAUAGAAAACUGUGAAAUACUUUCGUCGACCUUAGGAGAGGGAUACAGUUGUUCUCAUUCUGCAUGUUCUGACGAAGCAAUGACUUAAAGAAUAUCAGAGGAUUGAGAAUAUGUGAAUAUCUCCAACUCUGGCUCACACAUCACCGCUGGACUGGACCACCACAUCUUUUCUUCCUUUCCACAAUUAUACCACAAGCUCAAUUUUACCCCAAAUGAUACUCCAACAAACUCAUGGGACUAGUUGCACAGGUCUUUGACUAGGCAAAGACUCAUUUUAAGCCUAAAUGUUAAGCCAACACACCCAAUGCUAUGGUCACAGUAUCACCAUUCUCUUCUGCUCUGCAUUAUUAAUAUGCCCAUGUCACAGAGGGGAGUGCCUACCAGCUAUCAUGAUGUUUUAAAGGGGAACCAUGCCAUUUGUUAUAAAUGACACAGAGAGCACACAUACCGCUUUUCGAUGCAAACCUAGUUCUUUUCCUGGGUUGGUGCUGGUCCUGGUGCUGGUUCGCAGUUGGUUCAUUCUCAGAACCGGUUUGCUUUUCCACAGGCUCGAGAGCCACGUCAUUACGUCACUGUUUGUAUACGUCUCCGCUCUCUCAGCAAGUAUAAUAACAACAACAGCACACUACAUCGUCUCUUUACAAAUGUUGCUUCCGAUUUGCGAGCCUACAUUGGCAUCCAAACAUGACAUAAAACAUAUUUGUUUGGCUCAUCUUGGUCACUAUGGACGGAGAUUACGUUCUUAUUAACAUUGAGCGUAAGAUGUUAGACUUUGUUGUAAGCUAAUGCUAGCCUGCUGGCACUAGCCCACUAAUGGUAGCCUGCUAACGCUAACCCGUAUCAAUCACAUUGCAGUUAAACAAAUAAAAUAAAAUGCAUGCUACAUGUUUUAAUUGGUCUUGUUGGUCAGAAUCCCCGCCCCCAGCCCCUGAUAAAAGUGGUUCGUUAUUCAAGACCAGCAAAGAGUUGGUGCCACUCUGGAACCAGUUUUCCUGGCCGAGAGCUGUUUCAACCAUGUGAAGAAAUCUGCUGAUUUAAGAGUUGUCUCAUCCACACUGGCUGACAUGUUGUCUGGCUGUCACUGUUUUCAUGAUUGUAUCAAGGUAGCUAUGUACUCAGAUUGGACAAAUGUUUCUUCACAGCUCUCUAUAAGCACAACACUAGAUCUAUUUAAUUCACUAAAAAAACAAGACCAAAGCGGAUCUUUACAGGAAGCGAAAAAGAAUAAAAAAUACCAACAAUGGACAUUGCAUCUCCUUAUAAAGUUGGUCUGUGUUAGCUAAUGGUUAUUGUUUUUGGCAACAACAAAAAAACUUUUUUAACUUAUCUCUGUUUUGGUCUCCAUCAAUUCCUGAGGAAAAUAUAUAUUUCAUGAAGUGUCAGUGUCAUGAUUAUACAAUUUGGCAGAGCUUUCAGAUUGUCAAGAAGAACCUGCACAACUGAGAAACGUAUAUAUGUGUAACUGUCAAAGCAACCAGCUUCCGCCUGGACUUCCCUAAAUAACACUCUCCUCUCUGAAGCUCUUUAUCCUCAUGAUCAAACUGUCAAAAUAAUAAGAGCAGUUAAUUUGGCUGCUAUUGCCUCUGUAACCUUUGGAUCUGACUGAGUCACAUAACUAAAUGUGUCCAGAGCAGAUGGCUAAUGAGGCAGUACGAGAGCUAAAUACCAGGCUUUCUUCCCUUAAUGGCGCUCCCGCUACAGUGACAACAUUUCAGUUAAAGUGACAGUAAAUGCUGCUGCCCUAUAUUCCUCAUGGACUUUUGUUGGCAUUAACCACACUGAAGAAACUCAUAAAGCCAGGACUAAGCAGGAUGGUACUACUGUAUAGAUUUUAAAGCACAACAUGCCACUGUAGCUGAGAAAAAUCUUUAUUUAUUUAUGUAUUUACAGCUGGUUCAUUCACUGAGUUUAUUUUAUUUUAAAUUUAUUUAUUUAUUUUUAGUGCAGCAAUAGAUUCAUGUGCCAUUAUACCUUAAGUUGGCAAAGAUGCACGAAACAGGGCUUGUACAGAAACUGCUUGAUGCAUGCUGCAGAUGUGCUGUAUCUUUCUAGAUGUAUAUUUCUUAGAAAGGACUUAAAAACAUGGAGAGCUUUACCGGUGAUGUAACCAACUUGAACCGCCUUAAGUGAACCGCCUUUUAUACAACAUGAUUUAAUGGCUGUAUUUUUGUUUUUUCAUUUGUUUGUUUGAGUACUAUAAGUGGCUGCAUAGUUAUAUUGGUGUUUUCUAAGCAAAGUCCAAUCACAUUCAGAAUUGAAUCAUCUGGGUAAAUAAUAAGAUAGAGGUAACUCCUAGGCUGACUAUGCUGUGAUGUGGGAUUUCACUCAUCAAGUCUCAUUCCACAAUACUGCUUUAUAGUCAGCAUUUCAAAAGCAUUCUACCCUCAAUAUAGCCAGUUUUUAAAGGAAAAGUUUGACAUUUUGGGAAAUGACCUUUUUCGUUUUGCAAAGAGUUAGAUUUAUAUUUUAUAUAUUUGUAUUUUAUUUUAUCAAUUUCACAGCUGUGCAUGUAGUAUUGAGGAGGCGAUCAGCUUAGCUUAGCAUAAAGACUAAAGCAAUAGUAUAAAAAGCACCUCUUCAUUAAUUACCAUGUUUACUUUGGUAAUUUGUUUACUCAGAAAUGUAAGAAAGACAGGGAACUAUCUGGUGGAAAGAGGCCAUCAGUAAGCAAGACACCAUACCUAUGAUACAAAUCUGAGGUGACCACAGGUCUGACAUCAGGCUCGACUAGCUGUAUCCCUGUAUGCCAUAGGAAAACCACCUCUUGGCUCUUGCAACAUACUUAUUGCACAGAUAUGAGAGUGGUUUUCAUCUAACUCUCAGCAAGAAAGUGAAAAUGAAUUUCCCAAAAUAUCAAACUACUCUUUUAAAGCCAAGGCCAUAACCUUAUUCAUGAUGUUUUCAGUAAUGAAUAAUGUCCAAUAUCUUUAUGUCAGCAAUUAUUUGGCAAAAGUGAUUUUUAUUCAUUUUAACAGUGCAAAUCAUUUAGGAAUGAAACUCUCAUAAAACCAAGUCCACUGGUUUCUCAGUGCAAACACAAAAAAAAAAAAAAAAAAAAAAAAAAAAGACAAGGACAGGUGCAGAACCAUCAGCUUUCAGACCAACAUCACUUCUACCUUCAUCUUCAGAAAAUGUUCAGAAUGUAAUGCUUUCAGAGCACAUUUCAUAAAUAAAGAUGUUCUUUCACACAUUUAAUCGAGUCCUGAUUUGAAGAUCAACAUAUUGGACCACAAGGCUGCGAUGCUGUCAAGUUCCUCCACUCCACGGCUGAGAAACAGCUUUCAUGAAAAAGUCAUAAUUUCCCAGAAUAAUGUAUCAGACACAAUCUUCCUGUGUGACGCACAUUUUUCUUUAAUCCAGAUUUUAGAGAGCACUCUGGGCACAUCUAAUCCCCAAAUAAACAAAUCAUGUCAGAUUUGCCUCUGCUACCACUACUUAAAAACACACUACUGCAGUAAGGCAACUGAUCCCACACUCUGGUCUGUGUUUUUUUAUGAAUGCAGCUGCUGCUUUAAGGUAAUACACUGACUCAUGCUCUAAUAUGUCUG